CGGGCACCCGCCUCCUGCUCCUCUUUCUCCUGCUGCUGCUGUCCCCGGCACAGGUAUGGGGGUACGGGGGGGAGCAGCGGUGGUUCAGCUGGAGCCGGGCGCCUCCCGCCCGCCCUCGGGCUGCGGUCUGAGGCCACCGGAGGGGCUGUGGGGCGGUGGCGGCUGGGCUGCGCGGUGUCACCGCCGGGUGCGUGGCUGCGGUCGGCCCGGGUGCCCGGCUGGGAGCGCCCCUGAGAGCAAGCUGAGCCGUGCGGGCUGAGCGUGUGCCCCGCUGUUGGAGAAAGCGGCAGCUGUCCGAAUGCUGGCAGCUGCGAUGCGCCCUGUUAUGCAAUGCCGGGUGCGUGUGAGUAGCCGUGCAGUCACAUGCCCGCGCGGAGCCUUGCGAGUGUCACCGGUGCCUGGUGCGGUUUGCUGCGAGUGUUUACUGCGGAAGGUGGUGGCUCCCUGUGAGGCCUGCUAUUGAUCGGCGUGUCAGUAGAGAACGCGCUUCUGUGUGCUGGAAUUCCUUUGCUAAGUUGCUCUGGGGUAGGGUGGGUACGUCUUAAUGGCUUUCUCGGACAGUUUGUUUACCUCGUUGUCCAAGGCAGUAGCGAGAUGCUCUGCUUUCCUCUGGAGAAACAGUAUCCUAUACACCUCAGUGUCAUCUUUUUCUCCUCUAACUGACUUAGAAAUGCACAAAGUCAGGGUUUAUACCGAGCUCACUUUAAACUGCCAAGUCGGUCACCUCACGUGUGCUGAGGCUCUCCUGUGGUAGCAGCCUCUGCACCUCCUUGGAGAUGGAGCAGAAAGCAGAAAACCCCUUCUUCCAAAGAAGCUGGUUGUUUAUCAGUCACUCAUGGUCUCCAGGUGGGUAGCCGAUAGACUUUGCACCUGCCAAGCACUCCUUCCUGUAAUGGUUUUGGAGGGACAUACUGAACAACGUAGGGAUGAGAUGCGGCCUGGGCUGGUGCAGGGCUGAACAGAUGCUGUGCUUCUGUAGCUCAGCGUCCUCCUCCCACCAGGGGUGUGAGAUAAGUUCCAUUGCAGAAGGAUCUUGUUGGUCUCUACAGGGCUUUGUGGUUUAUAAAAUGUUAACACGGCAAAGUGAAUUCACAAAACCGAAGCCUGUAUGCCUGGUGUAAGAAGGCAGAAUUGGAGGGGCGGAGUAGGGGAAUGAAAACAAACUCGGACUUGAAGUCUUUGCUGUUAUCUGUUAUUUACAGCCUAACAUUCCACAGAGCAGACCUUGAUGUCUCUUAAAGAGAAGCUUCAUCUAGGCUGUACCUCUCUAGUGCUUGCUUGCAGAAGAGAAACUUUCUGAAGGUUAACUCAUUCCCUCUCAAGCAUGCUGGUAGAAUGUUUUCAUGCUUUCAGUUGUGGUGUGGGCCAAACUCGUGUCAGGUAACCUGCUGCUGGCUGGGAGCUAACUACCUACCUAAGAGCUGCAUUGAGAGCCUUGGCUUUUAUUCCUGUUUUUUCAAUGUGGACUGUAAGUUCUUGCUGUUCUUUUCUCUAAGUUAGGGAGUAGAGCAUACCAAGUCUCUUAAACUCUUGUUCUCUUAUCAACUUCUUAAUGUGCUAGAUGGCAUUUUGUGUGCUUAAUGUCAGCUGAUGCAGUUGGUAAUUAUACCAAAACACAGGCUGUCAAUUAGUGGUUAAGCAAGGCUGGACACUUGUUUCCCAUCUGUAACUGGGAUCCAAAGCUAUGAGGUCAGAUUAACUUAAAUGUUUCUGAAAUCCUUACUGCUGGACAUCAGUGGCUGAUGCUGCUCAGUCCCAGCCUCGUCAGAUGGCCUGCAGUUUUGUGUGUGGCCUCUGGUGGGAAGGUCUGAAAUGCCUCUGUGGAGGAACCUGCAUGUCAGGGAUGGCAGCAUAGCUUCACAACAGGACGGUAAGAGUAGGUGCUUCCUGGAAAAUCAGGAAUGACUUGUUCGUAGUCAUUCUGGAUGGAAAGUGAGGGAGAUGUCUUAGGAGCUGAGAAAUGAGUGACGUGAAUGAGUGGAACAGCACUUGACCUGGCAGUAGCCAAAACACUCCAUCUGGGUAUUGUUACAGUUCCUCUGCAGGGCAUCACGGAUAUUUUCUUGUGCCAGCUGCUGUCGGGGCCUUGUGCUUUCAGACUGUGCACGCAAUAGUGCAUCUGUCUUUUCCCCCAGUAAAAUCAAGCCAUUGUCAGUUAAAACCAGCCUGCUUCCCUGGAUACUCAGCUACCAUCACUACUGCAGCUUUCUCUUCCUGCUAGACCUUCAUGUUCCUGCAGUGUGCUUGGAUAACUCCAGAGCUAGGCCUUGCUUUGCCUGACCAGGACUACCUAAUUAUUUUUUCCUUCCAGAGGGGAACAGUCACUUACCUGUGGGCAAAGGAACAAGAGGAACCUAGCUGAUGGAGCUUGUCUCAGGACUUGAACAGAGUACUGGAAGAGACAGCCUACAUAAUCAUUGCUGAUGGCUAAUGUUUCUGGAAGCACUGAAGGUUAUGGAUUUGUUUCAACGUGCCACUGAAGAAACUUGGACCGAAGUACUUCCACAACAGUGUGUCUGGUACGGAGAAUGUGGAGUUGCAUCUGGAGACAAGAGAUACAACUGUGCUUAUGAUGGACCACCUAUAGCUCUACCAAAGGGUGGCUAUGACUUGAUGCAGAUCUAUCUUGUAGCCCCAGCUGUGUGAAGGUGAUAGACUGCUGUUUCUAUUCAGGAGCUCUGUCCAGGUUUAUUCUUUGGCAAUGUCAGUACUUGCUGUGAUAUCCUUCAGCUUCAGACUUUGAAAAACAACUUGCAGCUGCCUCUGCAGUUUCUUUCCAGGUGUCCAUCAUGUUUCUACAACUUGAUUAACCUCUUCUGUGAACUGACUUGCAGUCCAAAUCAGUCUGAGUUUUUGAAUGUUACAAGCACCAUACCUUAUUAUGAUCCAGUUUCGAAAGAAAACAAAAGCAGUAUUACAGAGCUGCAGUACUUCAUUGGAGAACGCUUUGCAAAUGAAAUGUAUAAUGCCUGCAAAGAUGUUGAGGCUCCAUCAAGUAAUGUUAAGGCAUUGGGGCUGCUGUGUGGGAAGGACGUCAAGGACUGCAAUGCUACCAACUGGAUUGAGUACAUGUUUAAUAAGGAUAAUGGACAAACUCCUUUCAGCAUUAUUCCUAUCUUUUCAGAUGCUCCUGUCCGUGGAAUGAAUCCUAUGAACAAUGCUACCAAAGGCUGUAAUGAGUCUGUGGAUGAUUCAACAGGACCGUGCAGCUGUCAAGACUGUUCAAUUGUUUGUGGUCCAAAACCUCAGCCUCCUCCAUUACCUGCUCCUUGGCUUUUAUUUGGUUUGGAUGCUGUGUAUAUCAUCAUGUGGAUCUCUUACAUGGGGUUUCUACUCAUAUUUUUUGCUCUAGUUUUUGGAGUCUGGUGUUACAGGAGGCGGCAUUUUGUCUCUGAGUAUACACCAAUUGACAGUAAUGUAGCCUUUUCUGCGAACUCUCAUCGUGAUAAUGGGAAAAUUACCUGUGGUGAGAGGCUUGGUGAAAGGUUUGAGAAUGGCCUAAGGAUGACAUUUACAUCAUGGGGUGCUUUCUGUGUCAGAAAUCCGCGCCCGGUUAUCCUCUUCUCUGUGGUCUUUAUUGCUAUGUGCUGUUCAGGCUUUGUAUAUAUUAAAGCAACUACAAACCCUGUAGAUCUCUGGUCAGCUCCAAGCAGCCAAGCCCGCAAGGAGAAGGAGUACUUUGACAAACACUUUGGGCCUUUCUUUCGUACUGAGCAACUUAUUAUUCAAGCGCCAAACAGCCAUCCAGACAUCUAUUCACCUUACCCAUCAGGAGCAGAUGUGCCUUUUGGACCUCCACUCAACAAAGAUAUUCUCCAUCAGGUGCUUGAUUUGCAAGAUGCUAUUGUGAACAUAGCUGCGUCUUUUGACAAUGAAACUGUUACGCUGAAAGACAUUUGCUUGGCUCCUCUUGCUCCCUACAACAACAACUGCACUAUAUUGAGUGUACUCAACUACUUCCAAAACAGUCAUUCUGUUCUAGAUCACAGUGUGGGGGAUGACUUCUUUGUCUAUGCUGACUAUCACACUCACUUCUUAUAUUGUGUUCGGGCUCCGGCAUCACUGAAUGACACAAGUUUGCUUCACGAUCCUUGUUUAGGAGCAUUUGGUGGACCUGUCUUUCCAUGGCUGGUGUUAGGGGGAUACAAUGGUGAUAACUAUAAUAAUGCUACUGCUCUUGUUAUUACUCUUCCUGUUAAUAACUACUACAAUGACUCCAAGAAGAUAAUGAAAGCCCUGGCGUGGGAAAAGGAGUUUAUUAACUUUUUGAAGAACUAUGAUAAUCCAAAUUUGACUAUAUCAUUUUCUGCUGAACGGAGCAUUGAAGACGAAAUCAAUCGUGAAAGCAGGAGUGAUGUCAGCACUGUUGUAAUAAGCUAUGUUGUAAUGUUUGUGUAUAUCUCCAUAGCUUUGGGACAUAUCCAGAGCUGGGGAAGGCUGCUGGUGGAUUCAAAGAUCUCCCUGGGCAUUGCAGGCAUCCUGAUCGUCCUGAGCUCAGUGGCAUGUUCCAUAGGCAUUUUCAGUUACUUUGGAGUUCCAGUGACACUGAUUGUGGCAGAAGUUAUUCCCUUCUUGGUGCUGGCUAUUGGGGUGGACAACUUAUUUAUUAUAGUCCAGACACUUCAGAGAGAUGAGCGUCUUGAGGGUGAAACUCUUGAUAAGCAGAUUGGCAGAGUCCUGGGAGAUGUGGCACCUAGCAUGUUUCUCUCAUCUUUUUCUGAGACCGUGGCAUUCUUCUUAGGGACACUGUCUACCAUGCCAGCAGUCCGCACGUUCUCCCUGUUUGCUGGAAUGGCUGUGCUCAUAGAUUUUAUCCUUCAAGUCACCUGCUUUGUAAGUCUCCUGGGCUUGGAUAUUAGGCGCCAAGAGAGGAAUAGACUAGAUAUUCUGUGUUGCAUCAAAGGCAGUGAAGAAAUGAGGGGAGUCCAACGCUCCGAGAGCAUCUUAUUUCUGUUCUUCAAAAACCUCUAUUCUCCAUAUUUGCUUAAGGAUUGGAUGAGACCAAUAGUGAUUGCCUUGUUUGUGGGUCUUCUGUCAUUCAGUACAGCAGUGAUACACAAUGUAGAGAUCGGACUCGAUCAGUCUCUUUCAAUGCCAGAUGAUUCCUAUGUAAUGAAUUACUUCAAACAGUUGGGCAAAUACAUGCAUGCAGGUCCUCCUGUCUACUUUGUUCUAGAAGAAGGGCACAACUACACCUCUCUGGAAGGGCAAAACAUGGUGUGUGGUGGAACGGGAUGUAAUAAUGAUUCACUUGUCCAGCAAGUCUUCAAUGCUGCAGAAAUUAGUAGCUACACAAGGAUAGGCUAUGCCCCAUCAUCCUGGAUUGAUGACUAUUUUGACUGGGUGAAGCCACAGUCAUCCUGUUGCAGAGUCUACAAUACCACGGGACAGUUCUGCAAUGCUUCAGUCACAGAUCCAUCCUGCACUCGUUGUCGACCACUGAGUCAAGAAGGCAAGCAAAGACCACAGGGUGAAGACUUCAUGACAUUUUUGCCAAUGUUCUUGUCUGACAACCCUAAUCCUAAAUGUGGCAAAGGAGGACAUGCUGCAUAUAGCUCAGCUGUUGACUUGAUAAAGAACAAAACUGAUGUUGGGGCUACUUAUUUUAUGACGUACCAUACUGUCCUGAAAAAAUCAUCUGACUAUAUUGAUGCUAUGAAGAAGGCUCGGGACAUAGCAGACAACAUCACUGAAACCAUGGGCAUCAAAGAGAAGAACUAUCGUGUGUUUCCUUACAGUGUGUUUUAUGUCUUCUAUGAACAAUAUUUGACAAUUGUGAAUGAUGCCAUCUUUAACCUCUGCAUCUCCUUGGGAUCGAUAUUUUUGGUGACAGCUGUGCUGCUUGGGUUUGAAGUAUGGGCUGCUGUUGUGGUUACAUUAACGAUUGCUAUGAUAAUUGUCAACAUGUUUGGAGUGAUGUGGCUCUGGGGCAUCAGCUUGAAUGCAGUUUCAUUAGUAAAUCUCGUCAUGAGCUGUGGCAUUGCUGUGGAAUUCUGCAGCCACGUGACGAGAGCAUUCACUGUUAGUACUAAAGGCAGUAGAGUGGAGCGUGCAGAAGAAGCUCUGUCUCACAUGGGCAGUUCAGUCUUCAGUGGAAUCACACUAACCAAGUUUGGAGGAAUUGUAGUACUGGCUUUUUCCAAGUCUCAGAUCUUCAAGAUAUUCUACUUCAGGAUGUAUCUAGCUAUGGUUCUGCUGGGAGCAACGCAUGGACUAAUAUUUCUUCCAGUUCUGCUUAGUUACAUAGGUCCAUCAGUAAAUAAAGCUAAAACUCGUGCUGCGCAGGAGAGGUCUAGAGGCACAGAACGAGAGAGACUCCUCUACUUCUAGUUUUUAACAGUGUUCAGUGGACUCUAUGAACUGUGGCUUAGGCCCAACUCCUCUUAAGAACUGAAGCUCAGCAGCGUUCUAUGACUAUCACACUGUAAGCACCACCUGACUUGACUCCUGCACACAUUCAACUAGGAGAUAGCAGCUGCAGCUUUGGACACGGCUUUAAACUCAGGAAAUGCUACGUGUGGCUCAUGUAACAGUAUUACUAAACCUAGAUGUGUUAAGAUUACUAAAACACUUCUGUUUUCAAGAGGUUGCGUCUCUUCUAGAUACUUAAACCAGCUGCAUUGCAAGUUGAACAGCUGUUUUGUAUGAGAAUGGACUGCUCAACCACUGACACUAAUUUUAAAUGCAGGUCAAUGCAAUUUUUGUCUCUAUUUUUAGGGGGGAAGCCAUCACAAGUUGUAAUAUUUUUUAGUACAAUUUGCCAAAAUGUCUUGUAUAUACUUUAUUAUAAAAUAGCAAUUUUGUAGUUCAAAAAUCUACUUAAAUGCAAUAAAUUAAGUUUAUACAUUCCAA